AUGGGCUCCUGCCGAGGGCUCGAACUCUCGGAAAAAUCAACUCUUCAUCUUGUUCUGCGUUUACGCGGUGGUCCUGGUGGCGACUCUGAUUUUGGUAAUACAAAAAACGCUAACAGACAAAAAGCCACAGAUGAUGAAAGCUACGAAUCGUUGGAUGCUUCUCAAAUAAAUGGUUUGGCAGAACAUGUUAUCUACAAUCUAAAUUCACUUACAACCAUACCAGCUAGACAAAGUGCACUAGUUACCAUUGAUAAAUGGUCUGUACAUGGUGAAUUAGUCUUGUAUUACGAUCCAAAGAUAAAUGACCUAAACGCGAUUCGAGCUGUUCAUUUGUUUAACGAUACUGGAAGUGUAUUGGCACCAGGAUCAGUUGCUGUAUUGGAUGAUGAGCGUUUUGUUAGUCAAUGUCAGUUUACUCCCAUGCUCCAAAAAGAUGAUCAAUUAAUUAAUUAUGGCUUAGAUACAACAAUUGCAGUUAUAAAAACAUUACCAUCUAAUUUACAGGAUAUAAGUAUUCAAAAUGUUGAAAUAACUUAUUCUCAAUCGGAUGAUAAUUCAACAACGGUAAAACCUAUUGGCAUUACAAUACUACAAAAUCAUACGAAACGAACAAAAUAUCAGAUAAAAAAUAAUGCUGUCGAUCGUCGUGUGGAAAAAUUUUAUGUUGAUCAUAGUGCCGACGCAUCAUUAGGCGGUUACAUUGUAACAACCACAGACAAUUGUAUCAAAUCGGUGAUGGGUUUUUCGCGUUUUCAACUAAGUUUAGAUCCACAACAAGAAGUCGAAUUAAUCGUUACAGAAAAUGCCACAAAUACAAAAUAUGUCUAUUAUUUGUCUGACUUGGAAACAUUUUUGGAAAAACAAGCAAAUGAACUUCAGCAAUUGAAUAUUUUAUCUAAAUCAACAUUAGAACUUAUUCAGCGUAUCGUCAAAUAUAAAUAUAUUGAUAGUGCACUUGAUUUAAUGAUAAAUAAUAAUGAACAAAAUAUAUCUGAAAUAACUGUGCGUGAUUGGCAAAAUAAGAAAGAUUUAUUACCAAAACAUUUCUUGGAACAAGUAUCAACAAUAUUAGAUAUACAAAACCGAGUAAAAGAUAUGGGUCAACAAAUUGAUUAUUUAAAUGAGCAUAUUAAAUCUAUAUUUACAAAUCAAGAACGUCUAAGAGAAAAUAUUAAAUCGUUGGAAAAAAUGAACACAUCAGAUCUAUUGAAGCGAUAUUUGAAAGAUUUAAACAUAGAAGAAGAUGAUUUAGCCGAAACAAGAGCAGAAAUAAAAGCAAUGGAAAAUUCUAAAAAUGUAUUGAUCAAAGAUUUAAAAGAAAAAUGUUUCAAUUUAAAAAAUGAAGCGACGGAAGAAAAGAAAAACUUGCGUGUUUGA